AUGUUAGAAGCCCAAACAACCAACAAUAAUCAUUGCGGACGUUCCAAUAGAACGAACAUAUUAUUAUUUGCUGUAAGAUUAUCAGGAAAUAUUGUUGGUGAUUAUUUGAUAUCAAGAAAAAGUAAAAAAGAAAAGUCAAGUUUUCCAGAACUGUCAAAUGCAAAGAAAUUUUCAUUUACACAUUUAGCAGAUUUUCAUUGCUUCCAAAAUACUUCUGUCAUUUACUUUUCUCAUUUUCCUCAAACAGACGAUUGA